GUUGCUAUUGGAAGGCUAUAUUUUGGAGGCCAGGAAUUCCAGGGAAGGGUGUUAUGAUGAUGGUGCAAUGUUGCCUGUUGUGGUGGUGAAGUGGAGCAGGAAGAAGCAAUUUGAGUACAACAGACAGAUUACAACCCCCAGUACCUUCUUAAAUGUAUCUUUUGGAUCUUUUCCUCUUGGUCUCUACUGCUGUAUCGUACCCUUUUCAAAUUGGCAUAGUUUACAGCUGACAUUAAUGCACAGGAAAAUGCUUCAUUUCCAUACGACUUGUGUGGCCCCUUCAUGACAGACUAAAAUCUGCUGUUUGUUCCCCCUCAUUCUGGAAAAAAAUCAGCAGUCUUCCACCAUUUCACUGCACGUAUAGGAGACUUUGCAUUCUACAGAACUAGUUCCCUUUUUUCUGAAAUUAUGAUGCUGGCAACUACUUUAUUUUCACUCUUUGCUUUCCCAGGGAUCUUGUCAUUUGUUUUGUUUAUAGUAUUUCUGUGCCACAUUUAAAGGCAAAAAGCCCUCCCAAGGCUGCUUAUAUGAAAAUAAAAAAACACAAUCUCAAAAUGUUGGACAGAUCUCAAAGUGCAGUGAAUCAGUCUAUAAAACUUAAACUAUUUUAAAAUCAUUUCAAAUCAGUAGUAAAAUCUAAAACUAGCCCAUCCUCUUUUAUAAAAGAGCGCAUUUUAAAAGCCAGAACAGAUGGGGCCAACUAUAGAUAGAGAGGGAGGGAGGGAUGUCCUUUGGGAGAGAGCUUCCAUAAAUGGAGAACCACCACUGAGAAGGCCCUAUUUUUAGCACCCAAGCAUGUCACAUUGGAGACCCCACAUCAUCCUGUAUUGUCAUAUUCUGCACAUCUUCCCAGACCAAAUAUGAGGAAACCUAGUGACUGACCCACUCAUCUUCUCUUUCACUUUAAAAUCCUGCAGAGGCUGACCUUUCCUGCUACCUCCUUGGCUUAGGCAGGCUGUACUUGUAAUCUUUUGAAAUUGCUUUUGUUUCUUUUAGUCUUAUUGCACCGAAGUUGUGACAAUGAAUGUCUCUAUUGCAUGCUGAGUUCAGGAGCUGUUUCUCUUGAAUCCACUCCACAUGUUAGGGACAAAAUGUUUUAACAGGCAUCUCAAAGACCAUUGAAGAGGUCUCCAGUAGCAAAAUAACUUUUCAAGUUUAGGGUAGUGAACCUGCUGCAGAGGUCACCCUGUCUUGGCACUAUAGAACAGGGCCAUGUAAAUAUAGAUCAGAUUUACUCAAACCACUUAUACAAAUUGUAGUAAGAUUUUUGCCUGGAAACUAUUUGUUCUGCUACACUGAAGAAGCAUUCCCAAAGUAGUAUGUGGCAUUCCUGUAAUAAAUUCUCAUUCUGGGAUCUCACUUAGGAAGUUGAAAAUCCCUUAUGUCUGCUGUUUUUUUUAACAUGUUCUGUGUCUUUGCACUGAUGUUUGCUGUUAUCCUUUAAACAUGAAUUUGAGGGAUUUUUACUUGAUUUCCUCUCCCUUUCUCUAAGUGUGUCUGCUGUUGUUUGCUUCAGUGAGAUUGUAACAUGUUAAUCUUGGAAAAAGCAGUUGAACCCCACCAGUAAUUGCAGAUUCCAGGCUUCUCUUGUAUAUUAUUCAGAUGUAAUUCAGUAGUUUGUAGUUUGUAGCUUAAGCUGGGAGUCCUUGAUUUAUACAUUAUAUGUAAAUGGCCAAGGUUUUUUUUAAAGAUAAGGGACUAUUUUAAAGUACUGUAGCUUUUUGGCUAAGUAGAAUUGCUCUGAGCAAUCUUUUCAAGAGGAUAGCAUUUGUCUGCUGCCAAACGCAGGGCAGUCUGUGUGUCUAGGCAUCCACUCUCUGCCCCCCCCCUUUUGAAGCAAUUGGCAAAAGUCAGGGAGCAGCCACCUCCUGUGUUGAAAUUCCAGCUGCCACAUCUCAGCAUCCAUGCACUCUCAGCAUGUUGAGAGAUGAUUUGUAAGGAAGAGCAGAGGUAUUUGACUUCAUCUCCUUCCCCCAAAUUGAGUUCUAGACUUUGUUGGAACCAUUAGUAUAGAAUGCAAUGAGGGAGUGGGAGAGCAAGCGAGCUGGUGCCUACUAUUUCUCCACUCCAUGUUUGUUCCUGUAGCUGCUUUGUCACAGAGAAGCGGGCAAGGUUUCAAAAGACAAGAUGGCUACAGGGCGCAUAGUUCUGACUUUAGUGGGGCCUGCGUUUAGGACCUUGGAAAAAUGGCUUAUCAUCUCCAAGAGGACUACAGAAUUGAUUUGGGACAAGCUUGAAAGAUUUAUAUUGGACUUGAUGUCUUCCCAUUCCAGGGCACAUCUCAUUAUGGCGACUUCAACGCAAGAAUUGGCGCCAAUACUAAAGCUCUUCUCUCUUCUCCCCUGUGGGGUGAGAUUGACCCAGUAAAUUACAUCCCUUGCUAUGAAAGGACCUCUAAAGAUCCAAAGAUAAACUUUGCUGGGAUAUGUCUACUGCAAUUGGUCUCCCGUUUAAAUCUGGUGAUUCUGAACGGCCAUCCAAAGUUAGAUAAUAGCGAUGAAUUUACGUAUGCGUCCACCCAAGGCAGCAGUGUGAUUGAUUAUAUCUUACUCUCAUACCCUCUUUUUUUACAGACUUUAAACUUUGCUAUAGUUGAUAAACUUGAAAGUGAUCACUUUCCUUUGAAUUUCACAUUGACCCUCAAGGCCUAUAGCCAUUUGACUUUUUACUCGCAAUAUGCAGAUGGAGAUCCCAGUUCUAACUAUAAGAGGUCCCAUUGGACCAUUGAGUCUUCUAAUAAGGUUGCCCGAUUCCUCGCCUCUUCCCGAGGUAUGCUUCUUAGAUUUAAAAUUACAAAUAUUCGCUCGGAGAUCGUCACCGAUGCCUCUGACGUUCUAGAUGCCUACUCUUGCCUAUCCACUGCUUUAUACGAACUCUUAAGACCUAAGUCGCACCUUUGCAGUUCUUUUCCUAGCUCCCGCCCCUCUUAUUGGUUUGAUAGGGACUGCCUUGAGACUAAGAAACAUCUAAGAACGAUCUAUAAUCUCUAUCGGAAUAAUAAUGCCCAGGUAUUACCAUCUGAAUACUUUGCUAUUAAAAAGAAAUAUAAGCAAUUAAUUUCUACUAAAAAGAAAAUAGCAGCCCAAAAUCAAUGGAAGGCCUUGAUAGGGGCCUCCCUAAAUAAGAACUCAAAACUCUUCUGGGCUUUAGUAACAGAUGCCUUAUGCUCGUCAGAUCCCUCCCAAUGCAAUAUUCCACCUAUAACUUGGGAACGUCAUUUUGUUGAGCUGUUCUCGGACGAUGAGAGCCGAUCGUCCGAUCCUCUACCUUGCACGGAUUUCUCUUCUCUUCCUAUCUGGCCUUUAGUAACACCAACGGAAAUAGCGGCAUUGAUAAGUAACUUAAAAUCUGGCAAGGCACCGGGUAUUGAUGCCUUACCAGCUGAACUGCUAAAGUCCCAUAUUGACUGGUGGGCCCCUCUGCUGGCCAAUCUGUUUUCCCAUAUUAACCAUACCGGGCAAUUUCCUACAUCUUGACUGGAGGCAGUUAUCAUUCCAGUCUUUAAGAAGGGCGAUAGGGGUGACCCCACUAAUUGCAGGCCUAGGCUUAUCAGUCUUCUGUCAAUCGUGGGCAAGCUCUAUGCUAGCUUCCUCAAUACCAAGCUGCUCUCUUGGAUCGAGGAAGAAAACAUUCUGGGCCGAGAGCAAGCAGGUUUUAGAAAGGGAAGAUCCCCCUUGGACCACUGUCUAAUAUUAUUUCACCUAGCAGAGAAAUAUACCUCUUCCCACGGCAAUGGGCUUGCAGUUGCCUUUAUGGACCUAAAAGCGGCCUUUGAAUCGGUCUCAAGAACUAAGUUAUGGUCCAAGCUAUCUUGCUCCAUGAUUGACAAGAGACUGCUUUUUCUUAUAAAACACCUAUAUCAAUGCACUACCUUUCGCGUUUGUUGUGGAGCGAAUGGCAGCCUGACCAGUUCCAUCCUAGCCUCCAAGGGGGUCCGUCAGGGCUGUGUUCUAGCCCAUACCUUAUUUAACCUCUUUCUUAAUGACCUGAAACAUUGCUGUUCUUCUCCAAAUUUCCACUCCCCUAAACUGGCUGGAUUUGAUUGUCCCCUCCUUCUAUAUGCGGACGACGCUGUUCUAAUGUCCCUAUCAAAUAUAGCGUUAAAACGCCUUUUAAGCACCUUUAUGAACUACUGUUCUGAAAACUUGAUAACUAUCAAUUUUAACAAGUCUAAGAUUCUAGUUUUUUCUGUUCACCCAUGGAAGAUUAAGGGUCAGACAAUCGAACAAGUCAAGCAGUUUAGAUAUCUGGGGGUGUUAUUCCAGUCAACCCUUUCUUGGUUCUCUCACACUUGCUCUGCGAUCCAAUCUGCUCUCAAUUCAGUUAAGGCAAUAAUCCGUUUUUUCUUUACUAAGGGCGGGCAAUACGUACCUGCCGCCAUUCAAGUGUUUAAACUCAAAAUUCCCAACUUCUCUAUGGGGUCCCAUUAUGGGCCCCGAGCUUCAACGCCAAGGUUGAAUCUGUUCUUUCUUCUUUCCUCAGAACAAUCUUUGGCAUGCCUCACUGUGCAUCUGCUGCAGGCCUCCGUUUGGAGGCUGGGGUUUCCUCAGUUGAAUGCACCACUUGGCUACUGGCCUUUAGAUUCUGGCUUAAAGUGGCCUAUGCCAAUCCUGACAUGGGCUACUUACAUCUACUAUGGAAAGACUCAUAUAUUAGCUCAUGGUCAAAGAGUUUCCAGGACAAACUAAAGCUGCUUGGCCUUUCAAUAGCCUUAGUGUCCUCACUAGAUGCCAGCUCAGCAAAUCGCAUUAUUGAGCAACGUAUUAAUGAUACUGAUGCUCAAUAUUCCAGAUCUAGGGCUCGCAAUACUUGCUCCCCUAUGUUCUUUGAUCUUCAAUUCUCAUUUCCUGCCCGUGCAUCCUAUUUGACAAAUCUAUUCCGAAAUAUCGUAUACUCUUUUCAAGAGCGAGAUUCAACUGCUUCCCCCCCCCCCCGCGAUUUUAGACGGCCGUUUUAAAGGCAUUCCCUAUGCAAAUCGCAUCUGCCCCUGCUCAAACUCUGAAGUCGAAUCUUUGGUUCACACUUUUCUUUUUUGCAACCUUUAUUCUGCUGAACGGCUUAGAUUUAUUUCUCCCAUAAUUAAUCGUUUUCCUGGAAGAUCAAAUAACUGGUAUGUCCAACUCCUCUCAUCCAAUGCUGAUAAGCUAUGGACAGAAAUGGUUGCUAAAUUCUUAAACGUAAUCCAGUUAAGACGAAAGAAUUCUUCCUUUUAAACUGUGUUUUUAUAGGAUUAUACUGUUAUAUUAAUACACUGUUUUUAUUUUUUAUGUACCCUGUUGAAUUUUUUGUACGACGGGUCUGUGACCGUAUAAUAAAAUUCAUUCAUUCAUUCAACCCUGUUAAGUUUUCAUGGCAAUAUGCAAAAUCAGAGAAUCCAGAGUUAAAAUUUGAAAAUAACAGCAUCCAAACCAGUGUUGGACUUCUUUCCCUCAGUGGUCUCAAAAUUUGUUGAAAUUAAUUAAAAACCAGCCAUGUUCACGGAGUAUCUUUAAUCCUAUUCCUGACCUUGCCCUGUCUCUGUCCUUCAUCUUCUGCAGUUUAAAAAAUGUAUGGCUGAUUUUUAAUUAAUUUAAGAAAAUUAACAUUGGAGUCUAUGAUAGCACAGGCAUGCUCAGUAAGAACUAACCGUCAGUGUUCUAAAAGCCAGACUAACAGCUGUUUGGCUUGGCUAGGCUAAUUAGAGUCAGCUUUGGUUUACAUUUGGGUGGGAGGCUACAGGUCUCUGCUAUAGAAUAAAAGUGUGGGGGAAAUUCCAAAAAAUGAUAGUUAACAGUAUUUUCCUUUUGGAAAAGGUGCUUUCCCUCAGCCCAGUGCCCAACCACCCAAACUCCUCCCCUCCCCUCCCACUCCUCUCCUUGUGGUCAGUUUCAUCUAUCCUAAGCAUGAUUGCAUGGGAGUAAAUCCCAUUGAACUCAGUAAGCAUGCAAAUGAUCAAACCUGCGCUUCCUUCCUCCCAAAUUGUGCUUGCAUUUUUACAAAUUUGUAGGGCAGUACAGUAUCUCAGAGAGGAAGUCAGGUCUCCUGCUUCCCUGGUGCAUUCACUAUAGCUACUCAAUUUCCCUGCUUUUCAGGGUUGCUGUUGAGCUGAUUUCACAUCAAGUCUCUUUGUUAUUGAGAAGAUGUGACCAAAAGUUUGUAAAUUUGAAUUCUGUAUGAAACAAGCCAAGGUCCCCUUUGAGCUAGUACAGAUAAUCAGAAGUAAAUUGUCAUACUAGCAACAGACUUAUACCUCUCUGCCCUUGGCUUAUUCCAAGAGGCUCAGUAUUUACUCAAUUCCUAUCCUAAAAAAAAACCUGGAUUUUGAACAUUACAGUUUUACUUUGCCUUAACUGUUAAUCAUACAAUGGUGCAAGUUAACAACAACAAGUAAUAGAAAUAGUACUACUUUAUGUAUGGUGGCAAUCUCUCUUCUCCUGGUUCUUUUUUCUCUUAUAACACACACACACAGCCUGUAGUAUCAAUAUUACAAAACCUUGUGUCCCCCUUUGGAGACAAAAAAACAAAACCUACAGCUGUUACCCUGGGGACUUGUUCAAAUAAGUGUACUAUUCCUCUGACACUAGACCAGCUUGGUUUUGAACACAAGCAAGAGUGGGUUUUAAAGAAAGAUAGCUUCACUGUAAUCGCUUGAAACUACUCGAUUAUUAAUGUUGAACAGAGUCUAGAAGGGCUGGUUUUAUCUACCAUAAAUGUACCCUAUUGAACAAUCUAAUUUGUACAGCAUAAUGUAUACUAGGGCAUAACAAAAGUAAUCCUGUUGUUGUAUGUGGCAACUUUGGAAAUAACCCUAUGAGUUUGGUGGCUUUUCUUGUUCAGAAAACAGAAAUACUAGGGACAGUUAAAGAGUGAUUGCAUUUUCUACCCAAUCAACAUUUGGAGGAAAGGUGGGAUAUUAAAAUAGUAAAUUUGCUUAUAGUGCUAAGGGCCUUGAAGUAAAUGUCAUUUGGCUUUAGUCAAAGAAGAACUUAAAUAACUUCCCCCAAACUUUAAAAAAUAUGAAACUGUUUAUUGGCGCUGAAAGUGAUAUAAUUUCUAAGAAAAUGAAGUUUUUGUUUGAUGCUUCUAUAGAAAGUACUCUUUUGAAGAAUUCUCUUAAUUUUGAAGUUAACUUAUUAAUGCAGCACAAAUGGUUUUUUUAAAAAAAUCUGGUAGCAUAUGUUUAAUACAGUUGGACAAUGUGUUGUCUGCAAAGUUGAAUUCAGUUAAACGCCAAUGUGUAUAGCUGUAUAUAAAAACCUUUUGUAAAUGUCUACCUGUACAUGUAAACUCGUCCUUGUUUUUAAUAUUUAU